AUGACUCCGAAAGAUCCAACGUCUCAGCCGCCGACCGCGCGUGCUGUGUACGUCUCCCUUUAUCAACAGAAGAAGCACCGGGGCGCGAUGAAGAAGGGACAAAGACGAACGCGCGCCUCGUUGCGGGCGAAGGCCGCCGCGGCGCUGCAGCGCGAGGCACAGAAGUCUGACUAUAUCGACCAAGAGCCACGCGCCGCACCACCCAGCUCGGCUGCAGACCUUCCGUUUCGCAGGGGUCGCCCGCCGGCUGCAAAACGACGCGCAAAGCACUCGCGCGUUUCACGAGUAGACGACGACUCUCAGCCCUCGCCACCUUCGGUGUCGUCCUCCGCCGCCUCCGCGUCCUCUCCACUGCCCUCGUCUCCGCCCGCCUCACUCCUCUCGACUCGUGCGUCGUCCUUUGCGCUGCAUUCCUCAGAUCCCGCGCCGGCGCCGUCGCUGCCGUUGUCGCCGCCGCUUGUCGUGCGCGAGGCCCGUGGAGAGGUCUCCUCUCCGCCCCUCCUGUCUCUCCUUUCAUCCUCGCUCGACGGCGGCGCGCCGCUCGCUGGAGCGAAUGGAAAACCGCGAGCCGCGUGGACCGGCCUCGCCAACGCAGACGGCGAGGAUGCCGACUCGGUCGCCUCCAGCGGGGCCUCCAAGACCCACGAGUGCCCUCCGCCUGCCGGCAAAACGCUUUUCACCCGCAUGCGCGCGCUGCGUCGACUCCCCAAGGCGUCGCGUGAGAGGCACGCGGCUUCAGAAACUGAAACCCCGUCAGCCGCCUCUUAUCUGGGCAUGCUCGAGGCAGAGGAGGAGGGGGCGUUGGGAGCGUGCGAGCCCCCGUUCACACUGCGUCGGGACGACGAGAGCAGAGGGAGGACGCCGCGGCCCCCCUCAGCCCUGCCCACGCUUCUCAGGCGCGUGGUGCAGCAGGGCGACGAUGAGUGCCCGCCCCGGACUGCCGGCGCCUCUCGUUCUCCAGCGGCGUCCUCCGCCGCGUCUGACCACGUAAAAGCGCCGGCCUGCCACGCCCCCAGUCUGUCUGACGUCGCGCCGAGAGGCCCCUCAGCGAGCGGCGCCGAGCAACCCGCCUCAGCGGCCUCCCCUGCCUGCCAGACCGCUGCUCGGAGACAGGAAGGUGGCGACGGCGACUUCGAUGCAGAUUUUGCCUGCACAGGCUCUGCGGCCGCCGACAUCGGGACCGCCGAGGGCAGCGUCGGUGAAAGCUCUCUCGGUCGCUCGCCUCGCUGUGAAGAGGGCGACGGAAUCGCUUUUGGGGAAAGCUCUGAAACAAAUUCUGCGAACGCGACGGCGGCCAGCCAUCCCGCGCCGACGCGCGACACGUCGCAGACUGACGAUGCGUCACACGCCCGCGCGCCUCGCCUCAGCGCGGAAGCAGAUCCUCGCGCGGGCCUCCAGCGAGCCGAGGCGCUGGCGGAUGAUCGCCAGUUCGAGGCGGACGUGACGCCCCAUGCUCCCACAGAGGCUCAAAACGCCCUCGACGCACCACUCACAGAGGCAGAAGCCUCGUCGCCUCCGCAGCGCACACUCCAGGGACUCAAGGACGCGCGGCAAAUCGGCGCAGAUUGCGGAGGGGUGGGCGCCGCACAGCCAGAGGGAGAGAGAAGCAGCGACUGCGACGGCCGGCAACCGACAGACGCGCCCUUAACUCCCGCCGAAGGCGUCGAUGAUGCCUCCUCGGAAAGGCCCUUCUCGUGUGUCGGCGAGUCCGACCGCGUCUCGCCUUCACCUGCCGCGGCGCCAGCUGCAUGUUCCCUGCCUCAGUCACACCCGGGCUCCUCUGCCUUUUCGUCGUUGCCUGCGUCGUCUGCCUCGCCUCCGCCGCCGCAUUCAGGCUUUUCAUCCGCGGCGUUCGCUUGCCCCGUCGACACCUCGGCUUCGCCGGUCGGGCUUUCGAACUUCGGUCCACAUGCGUCGUCGUUGCCGCCUCUCUCGGGGGCUGCGUGGGGCUUCCUGCCACUCGGCUCCCCUCCCGUCUCGGCGCCGCCGACCCAGGGCCCCCAGGGGCCACCUGCCCCGGGAUACGGGCUCCCCUCUGCGUUCCCGCCUCCGCCCGUUGAGGGCGGCAGCGGCGGGCAGCCGCCUGCGCACGGCCUUUCUGGAUUUCCUUCAAACUGGGGACAGGCGCUGACGUGGCCGCUUUGCUUUCCCCAGUCGCUGUGUCCGGCUGCCCCCGCUCCUUCGCGCGAGGUCGCUUCGCCUGCCCUCCGGCUUCCGGCGGGGGCCGCGCUGGCUACCCCUGCGCUCUUCGGCGGUCUUCCGGGGGCGCCGGCUCUGGACUUCUCUGGCGCGCAAAUGGCGGCCUCGACGACCGACUUUUCCCGCGACGAGCUGCGCGAGAGACACCACUUUGAGUUGCAACUCAUGGCGUCGUCCUACGGCCUCUUCGGCGAGACGCUUGAGCGCCCGCGGGGGGAAGGCGAAGGCGAGUACGAGGCGCAUCUCCGCCGCCAACGGGCAGCGGCGGCGAGCGGCACAGCGCCACCAGAGUUUUCGCCGACAGGCCCAGAAGCUCCGGGAUCGCUUGGGGGAGCGCAGCCCCCUCUGGGUUUGGCCUUCUCCUUCGAGGGCGCUGGGGGGUUUCGGGCCCCGGACGGCGAGCGGGGUGACGGGCACGAGGCCGAUCUCUAUGGGCUGGUGCCGGGUGGCAUCCCGCUGGACACGACGCAGGCGUGUCUUCCCUACUUGCCGCAGGCCGCCGCGACCCUCCUGCCGGCAGCCGCGGAUUCGACCCCGCCGCGCGCGCCGGAGCGUCGCGCCUCGAGGCGGGCGAAGGGCUCGCUCGCCAAGUCUUCGUCCUUUUCGUCCUCUUCGUCGACCUCGGCGGGGUCGCGCGCGCGCUCGCCGCCCGCGUCGUCGCCAGUUCGGGGCGAAGAGGGCGCCGGCGCCGCCGCCUCACCCUUUCCCGCGGAAUCGGGCGGGUUGGCUGACGGGCAGGGCGUGGCAAAGAGUGGGCGGAAGCGCCGGCUGCCGCCGUCGCUCGCGGAGCAGACAGACCGCAAUCACAAGGACUUUCUGUUGGAGCUGCUGGCGUCGCGGCUCGAAUCUGUGAAAGGCGUUCACAUGGACCGGCUGCGCAAGACGUGGGUCGCCUCCUGGUUGGUCGGCCGGCGGCGCAUCACGCGUAUCUUCUCCUUCCAGAAGCACGGAUUUUUCGGCGCCCGCGAGCAGGCGAUUCACCGGCGCCAGGAGGCGCUGCUGCACCCCGAGCUCGAGGACCCCGCGCGGCGCCGCGCGCUGGCGAACCUCGUGGCAGUUUCAGACGAGGAGCUACAGCAGACGGCCGAGACCCUGCCCUUCGUCGUCGGCGUCACCUACCACCGCGACAGCCGUAGCUGGAUUGCGAAUCACCGCCGGCCGAUGGGGAAAAUCGUGCAGCGGAGGAAGUUCGCAGUCGCCGAGUUCGGGUUCUUCGAGGCGCGCUACCGCGCCGCCGCGAUGAUGUUUUGCUGGAACAAGCAGGGCCGCUCGCAGGAGCCCGAGGACUACGACCAGGGCGCGGCGGAGGCCUUCAACCGGCAGCAGCGCCCGCAGCGCCCCGGGGAGGACGCGGGCUUCUGCUUCGCCCACCGCAGCUGCUCCGACAACGAGCCGCUGUACGUCCUCGCGCCCUUCGACGCCGACGCCUGCGACGAGGCCAUGGUCCUGCUCGCCUUCAUCUGCGGCAGUCCCUGGAGAAAAAUCUGCCGGGGGCAGCAGUGCGGCGACGACCCCACCCUCCUCGAGGCCGCGACCACUAUCCAGUCCGAGAAGCCCCUCUGGCGGACGCGCGUCCGCCGCGGCCUUGACGGCGAGGAGGUCGGCGCCGCGGUUCGCGAAGACGAGGGUGAUGACGGCGUCGAGCCCAGCCCCCCCCGCGAGACGCCCGCCGGAGACGCGCGCGCUUACGCGUCUGAGACUCGCGAGGCGAACGGGGCGCCCCUGGAAGAGGAGGCGGCGCUGGAGGAGGGGGGAGCGGCGACCCCAGAGGCGAGCGACGCCAGAGGACCCGAGGUGCGGGUUGGGACAGCGGCGCCGGGCGCCGGCAAGCGCGGCCGCGGCGGCAACAGCCUCGCGGCCCUGCCGGCGGAGAAGCGAGUUUGCAGCGCCGCGGACAAGUUGGCGAUUGGCGCCGAAGGAGACGGUGGGAGCGGGGCGCCAGACCGGGGCCACGGCGCCUACGCCGUGCCCAUGGCGGGAAUCGGGGAUCACGCGUUUGCGGGCAUGGAGACGUUUGGCCUCGGAAGCGACUCUGCGAACCGUAACGCCUUCCCUUGGGCAAACACGUCGGAUCCCCGCCUCUUUGUCGCGCCUCUCCCCCAGCGUGGCUUUCCGUUCUCGCCUGCAACGCUCUCCACCCCGGGUGGAGCGCCUCAGCCCCCCUUCCAGUUCCCUCUGCCUUCGAUGCCGCCGCCGGGCGACGCCGCGCAGGGCGGCCAGAAGCCGAGAGAACACGAAAUCCAUCGGCAGGCGCAGGGAGACUUCUUCGGGUAUCCUGCGAGCGACGCAGGCUCCUUCGUUGGCGCGCCCGCCGGUGCGCCUUUGGGCGGAACUUCGACUGCGUCCUUUUCUGCGGCUGGCGGCCGCGGUCCUGAGGCGUCCAGCGGCGACGCCGCACGCGCAGGGGAAGGUCAAAACAGUUUCCUCGUGCCGGCUCAGGCCCAGCGCUUUCACCAAUCUGGCGGAGGUUUCGCGCCUUUCGCGGGGGGGGGAGACACCGGGUUCGGCUGCGCGGCGAGGCCACCAGAGGCCUUCCAGGGCGCGCCGUCUGAAGGCGGCCAGAACGGACUUUCUUUCCCUCAAAACGCCCACCUCGCGAAGGCCUCCUACGGAGCCGCCUCCGGCUGGGGGCCGAACGUGCCUAACGCCUACGUGUUUUACCAGGGGCGCGGAGAUCCGAGCGCGCCUGACGGCAUCCACAGCAAUCCUGGCUGGAGGCACGCCCUCCCCUCCAACGCCACGCACAGUCAGCCUUCUGGUCACCCUGGUUUCCACGGUGCCUCUGGUCACCCUGGUGAGUCGGCGUUCCCACGCGACGCGCCCUUCUACAUGGUCUCGGCGUUCUCGCUCGCGCAUGCAGAGGCCCGGCACGCCGGAUUUAGGGACUUUGGAUUCCUUGCGGGCUCGCCCCCGAAUGCGCAGGAUUUCGCACACGCUGGUCAGCCGUUCGCCACGCAGCCGUUUGUCCCUUUCUCCCCGUUUCCUGCCGCGUCCGCCCUCCCUUCAGGCGCCCCUUCGCGUUCGCAGUGCUCGCCGGCCGCGGCCUCUGCGCUGACUCCUUCGUGGCGAUCGGUUCCGCCCCAGCCUGCGGCAGACGGUGCGCAUGCGGGAGGCGACGGCUUUCUGGAUCGCGCGCCGGCAAGCGCCGCGGAAGGCGCGCCCAGGCUCUCACCCCACGGGGCGAACGAAUUCUGCGCCGACUUCGCGAGCGGCGCCGGUGCGUCGGUCUAUGGCGGAGUGCCGCUCUGGGGCGGCGCCUUCCAGCCUGGCGAUGCGGCGGCCGCGGCAUGUGCGUCGGCAGCGUAUGCCUCGGCGGCGCAUGCCCCCGAGGCGCACCUUGUCGAUGCCUCUGGCGACUCAAUGGGCUCAGCUGCGUUCGCGUCCCACCCAACCUCCCCUCGCUCGCAUCAGCCAGACGCCGUGGGGACUGAGACGCCUGGCGCAGCCUCAGACGAUGAGACGCCUGGCGCAGCCUCAGACGAUGAGACGCCUGGCGCAGCCUCAGACGAUGAGACGCCUGGCGCAGCCUCAGACGAUGAGACGCCUGGCGCAGCCUCAGACGAUGAGACGCCUGGCGCAGCCUCAGACGAUGAGACGCCUGGCGCAGCCUCAGACGAUGAGACGCCUGGCGCAGCCUCAGACGAUGAGACGCCUGCGCCGCACGCGAGCAAAGAGGAAACUGCCGCGCCGAGAGGCGGAGGCGCAGCGGCCGCAGCUGAGGCAGACGUCGAGGACGCCGCCACGCCGAGCGACAGCUGUGGUAUCCCAACGCAGGGCGACGAGGGAGGAGGUGUGCGAGGCGCGAGCUCUUCUGAGGCGUUUUCUGGGCAAAAACCCAACCUUCCGUCGAAAGAAAAGGACGAACAAAGUCUCAGCGCGAGUCGGCGAAGCACGGCGGACAGCAUCUCUUUCUUGCUCUCCUGCAGAGGGUCUCCGUUUUUCUCUUCGCUUUCAGGCAUCCCCUGCGCCCUCAGGUCUCCCUCAUCGAGCGCGGACUUUCGCAGGCUCGAGCCUGACCAGAGUUUUCAUGGCGACGCCGUGUCGGGGAGUCUGCAGUCCGCACGCGACAACGACGAUAACGUUGCAAGACUCUCUCGCGAACUCGCGACGGCGGAGGCCUCUGCGGCUCCUCUCACCCCCGAAACUCAAGGGUCGACACUGGGGGGAAUUUCGCAUGCGUCUAGUGUCUCUGAGACGCAGAGGGACGCAGGCGCGCAGGAGCUGCGUUCAGAAAAUGGUGCGCCUCUCGCACGCUUCGAGAGCAGAAGCGGCAGCGAAACGCCUUACGCAGGGAGACACUCCGAGCCCAGCGCGAGGCCCUCGGCGCACGUCUCAGAAGGCUUGGAGCGACCUGCCGCGACCGCGGGUUUGGACGCGAUUCUCCCCUUUGCAGAUUCGCCAGCGGCUCGCGGCUUUUCAGGCGACCGCGAGACGGCUAGCGGCGCCGAGCGUCCAGGGAGCGAAGUCGAGAACCCCGCAGACGCGGAGUGCCGCCCCGACUGGGGCGCCGAAGGCCCGCGAGCUUCCCCGCCCUGCUUCGGCGCGUGGUGUUCCGCCUGGAACCCCUGUGGCGCGCUGGGAGACUGCUGCGGGUCAAAGGCAAUCGUCGAUGACCAGAAGGCGUCUGUUGCGCCAGAGGCUGCUGUGCCUCCUCUCUCGGCUCCGCCCUCUUCGCCGUCCCGCUCGCAGUCUCUCUCGCGCACCUCGAUGCUGUCCUGUCUCUCGCCGGUCGCCGCGCUGGUGUCGGGUACCCUCUCGGCGUCUCCGCGCCUGCGUGAACCGGCAGACCCCCUCGGAGAGACAGGCGAGUCAAGUGACAAACGAGGGCAAGCCGCGGACUGCAACUCGGGGUCGCAGCGCGACUUGUGUUCUAGCCCAAGCCGCGGCUGCGCAGUGGAGGCGCCGGCCGAAGCAGAGUCGCAGACAGGAAUCCCAGCGAGAGAGGAAAAAGGAGGGAAUUCGAAAGCUGGAAGCCACGCAAGCUUCGAGGUUCAGACCACUCUCUAUCGGCUGGCGCAGGACGAGGCGACGGGAGACGGCUCCGCCUCCUACUCUCCGCAGAAACGCGCGCGCGAGGCGAGCGGAGAGAACGGACAGAGCGGAAACGCAGAGGAACGGAAACACAGAAGGAGAGGCAAAGCCCGCUCUCCAGCAGCGAGGCGGGGAGGACAGAGCAAGAUUGAAGCAGCGACAGUCGAGCCUGGAGCGGCGGAACAACACUCGCGUGCGUUUUUCGCGGGGUGA